AUGGACCAGUUCAGUGAGAAUAAGUGUGCUGUGGAGAGGAAGGAAAACCAAUACUGGCCUUUUGCUAGCAAACCAGACUGGGAGAUGGCAUUGUUUCUUCUCUGGUCUAAUCUUAGCAUGGUUGAUAUUGACGAAUAUCUUAAGCUUGAAUUUACCAAAACACUGCCAUUGUCAUUUCAGUCUUCGAGAGAACUCCAAGGAUGCUCUGAAUUGCUCCUAGCACCCCCUCAAUGGAAGUAUGAAACAGUUACAACCAAGUUUCCAACAACAAAGAUCCUCCAAAUAUUUUAUCAGGACGCAAUUGAGUGCUUACAAUCACUUCUCAGCCACCCACUGUUGGCUACCAGCUUUGAUUUCAUCCCUCACAAAGUUUACAAGUCUGCUGAACAUGCUGUCCAAGUGUAUCAUGGAUUUAUGACAGGUGACCAUGCUUGGAACCUUCAGAAAGACCUACCUGAAGAUGCAUCACUCCUUGGUAUAGUCCUCUCCUUGGACAAGACCAAGGUUACUAACAUCACUGGUAACUGUUAUGCACAUCCACUUCUUGUUAGUCUUGCUAACAUUGAUCCCAGUGUGCAUGCCAAAGGCUCCUUACAUGCCUAUAUCCUACUUGCUCUACUUCCUGUUGCAAAGUUCAUGCACAGGAACAAAUGCAUGCAUGGGGUUCUCACAGACCGCUUACUCCAUCACUGGAUUGACCUUGUUGUUGGGCCAUUGAGGCAGGCAGUCUGUCUUGGUGUUAUGAUGAGUGAUCCACAGGGGUUUAGCAGGUAUUGCUUCACUCUCCUUGUUGCUUAUGUUGCAGAUACUCUGGAGAAGCUUGUCAUUGCAUGCACUAUGAUAAACUCAUCACCUGUCACUAUGGCUACCCACAAAGACUUUGGAGACCCAAUCUGA